AUGUACGAAGGGGUUGACAACCUGAAAUCCCUUUACGACCGUGCCGGGAAGACAUUGUCCGGCGGUCCUUCUGCGGCACAGGACGUGCCGCGUCGUACUGCUCGACCAGACCCAGUACGUCAAUCAUCAGUUGGGAGCGGGGCUCCCAAGUAUCCCAGGACGGGGGAUAGCCGCGCCACCGGACGAGAUAACUCGUCCGACGUCCGUUCACGUCGCGGUGGUUCAACAUCUGCUCAACCAGAUAGCGCUGGCCACCGCGAGAGUCCUCUAAUGGAGGUGGAGGAGGAGGAAAGACGCUCUCCACACGAUCAUGGGCAUCCGUGUGUUCCCGAGAGCUUCUUUGAUCGCGUAACGCAAGGGUUACGCAACGAUCUUGAACAUGAGCGGGACAGGCGUCUCCAAAUGGCGGACACUGUCUUGAAGCAUCAAGCUGAGUUUGCCUUUGCUCAGCUUGAGAACGAGAUAUCUCUGACAUCUCUUCGUGACGAGCUAAGGGUAGCUCGUGGGAUUGUUAAUCGGUCUCAGGAUGAGAUAACUGCUCUUCAGACCCUUGUUGAUGCCCACCAUCGGGAGCACAAGGCUCUCUGUGAGAUACUUGAGCGUAAGGGCGUUCUUCAACGGAAGAAGCAGCGUACUGAUGGUACGGCUUAA